AUGCCUGGGCAGGAAGGUUAUCACAGCAACAGAAACAAAGAGCCCAAAGCAGAAGCAUCCAAGGCAAUAGUGCAGCCACCACUGACCCAACAGUUUUGCCACCAACAUCCCCAGGGCUCUGAACAGGUACAGAAGGGCCUGAGCCUCUUGCAGAAGGCUGUGAGUGUCAUGCAUUUGACCGUUAAGGACAUCUUCGAGCGCAUCGCCUACGAGGCCUCUCGCCUGGCUCGCUCCACCAUUACCUCCAGGGAGAGCCAGACCGCCAUGCACUUGUUGCUGCCAGGGGAGAUUGGCAAGCACAUUGUGUCCGAGGCCUCUGAGGCCUUCAUCCGGUACACCAGACGCCAAUGA